CGGGGUGAGGCGUUCCUGGGAGGGGAGUCUUGCUCGAGCAAAGUGGUUCGGGGAGUGUUCGUUUCUUGUGCCUCACAAAUUAGAAAGCGGAGGUAUUUUGAACCGAUCUUUUGGCGAAAAGCAUCGCCUUCUUCCCCUUAACUUUGGGUACACUUUGAUCUCGGUUCUGCUAGAGUUGCAACGAUGCCUGUGUUUCACACGAAGACGAUAGAAAGUAUCCUGGAGCCCGUGGCUCAACAAAUUUCCCAUCUGGUUAUUAUGCACGAAGAGGGUGAAGUGGAUGGGAAAGCCAUUCCUGACCUUACGGGCCCGGUUGCUGCUGUGCAGGCAGCUGUCAGUAAUUUAGUGAGGGUUGGGAAAGAGACUGUACAGACUACUGAAGACCAGGUUAUGAAGAGGGAUAUGCCACCAGCCUUCAUUAAGGUUGAAAAUGCCUGUACUAAAUUGAUCCAGGCUGCACAGAUGCUGAAAGACAAUCCAUACGCUGUACCUGCACGUGAUUACCUCAUUGAUGGUUCCAGAGGUAUUCUUUCUGGAACUUCAGACCUGCUCUUGACAUUUGAUGAAGCAGAGGUCCGUAAAAUUAUUCGUGUAUGCAAAGGUAUUUUGGAAUAUCUCACGGUUGCUGAAGUGGUAGAAACAAUGGAGGAUUUGGUGACCUACACCAAAAACUUGGGACCAGGAAUGACUAAAAUGGCUAAAAUGAUUGAUGAAAGACAACAGGAACUAACUCAUCAAGAGCACAGGGUAAUGCUGGUGAAUUCUAUGAACACUGUGAAAGAACUUCUUCCUGUACUCAUUUCAGCUAUAAAGAUUUUUGUGACUACAAAACAAUUCAAAAGCCAAGGAGUGGAAGAAGCUUUAAAGAACCGUAACUUCACUGUGGAGAAGAUGAGUACUGAAAUCAAUGAGAUAAUUCGUGUGUUGCAACUAACAUCUUGGGAUGAAGAUGCUUGGGCUAGUAAGGAUACUGAGACCAUGAGAAGAGCUCUAGCUAUGAUUGACUCAAAGAUAAACCAGGCUAAAAACUGGCUAAGAGAUCCUAAUGCACCUCCAGGUGAUGCUGGAGAGCAGGCCAUCAAACAAAUAUUGGAUGAAGCUGGCAAGGUUGGAGAAUUGUGUGCAGGCAACGAACGGAGAGAGAUUCUGGGCACCACCAGGGCUUUAGGUCAGAUGACUGAUCAAGUAUCUGAACUCCGAGCCAGAGGUCAAGGUGCGACACCUAUUGCCAUGCAGAAAUCACAGCAAGUAUCCCAAGGGUUGGACAUGUUAACAGCAAAAGUGGAAAAUGCUGCCAGGAAACUGGAAGCCAUGACAAACUCAAAGCAGGCCAUUGCUAAGAAAAUUGAUGCUGCUCAGAGCUGGCUGGCUGAUCCACAUGGAGGUCCUGAAGGAGAAGAUCAUGUUCGUGGUAUUUUAAAAGAAGCGAAGAAAAUUGCAGGUCUUUGUGAAGAUCCAAAAGAACGUGAUGACAUAUUGCGUUCGAUUAAUGAAAUAGGAGCACUGACUGCAAAGCUGUCUGACUUGAGAAGGCAAGGCAAAGGUGAUACCCCAGAAGCCCGUGCUUUGUCUAAGCAAAUUGCAACAACCCUGCAGAAUUUACAGACUAAAACAAAUCGAGCAGUGGCCAAUAGUCGGCCAGUGAAAGCAGCAGUUAAUCUGGAAGGUAAAAUUGAGCAAGCCCAGCGCUGGAUUGAUAAUCCUACAGUUGAUGACCGUGGCGUGGGCCAGGCAGCUAUCCGUGGACUUGUCGCCGAAGGCCGUCGACUGGCCAAUGCAUUGAUAGGACCUUAUCGCCAGGAACUGACUGGAAAGUGUGACCGAGUAGAACUCCUGGCUGGACAACUUGCAGAUCUGGCAGCUCGAGGUGAAGGGGACAGUCCUCAAGCCAGAGCAAUUGCUGCACAACUGCAGGAUGCACUAAAGGACUUAAAAGGCAAAAUGCAGGAAGUCAUGACCCAAGAAGUAUCUGAUGUUUUCAGUGAUACAACCACUCCAAUUAAAUUGCUUGCUGUGGCAGCCACAUCUCCACAAGAUGCACCAAAUAGAGAAGAGGUAAUUGGAGAAAGGGCAGGUUAUUUUGAGAAUCAUGCUGCAAAACUGGGUGCUACAGCAGAGAAGGCUGCUGCUGUUGGAGCUGCAAACAAAAGUACUGUGGAAGGUAUACAGACAGCCGUGAAAUCUGCUCGAGAGUUAACGCCACAGGUGGUUUCAGCUGCUCGUAUCUUGUUGAGAAAUCCUGAUAAUCAGGCUGCCUAUGAACAUUUUGAAACCAUGAAGAACCAGUGGAUUGAUAACAUUGAAAAAAUGACUGGUUUAGUUGAUGAAGCUAUCGAUACCAGGUCCUUAUUGGAUGCCUCUGAGGAAGCCAUUAAGAAAGAUAUAGACAAAUGCAAGGUAGCAAUGGCCAAUGUACAGCCUCAGAUGCUGGUUGCUGGAGCAACGAGUAUUGCUCGUCGGGCAAACAGAAUUCUUUUGGUUGCUAAAAGGGAAGUUGAAAACUCAGAAGAUCCAAAAUUUCGUGAAUCAGUGAAGGCAGCAUCUGAUGAACUAAGCAAAACAAUCUCGCCCAUGGUAAUGGAUGCGAAAGCUGUAGCGGGAAACAUUUCAGAUCCUGGUCUGCAGAAGAGCUUCUUGGAUUCAGGAUAUCGAAUUCUAGGUGCUGUAGCUACAGUUCGAGAAGCUUUCCAGCCUCAGGAGCCAGACUUCCCUCCUCCACCGCCUGAUCUUGAUCAGCUUCAGCUGAAUGACGAACCUGCUCCUCCUAAACCACCACUUCCUGAGGGUCAGGUUCCACCACCACGGCCCCCACCUCCAGAGGAAAAAGAUGAGGAAUUCCCUGAAAUGAAAGCAGGAGAAGUAGUGAAUCAACCUAUGAUGGAGUCUGCUCGGCAGUUGCAUGAUGAAGCCAGGAAGUGGUCGAGCAAGGGUAAUGACAUCAUUGGUGCUGCUAAGAGGAUGGCCUUGUUGAUGGCAGAAAUGUCUCGACUGGUGCGUGGUGGCAGUGGAAACAAACGAGCUCUUAUUCACUGUGCUAAGGACAUAGCCAAAGCAUCUGAUGAAGUGACACGACUGGCAAAAGAGGUUGCCAAGCAGUGCACUGAUAAGCGAAUCAGAACUAAUCUCCUACAGGUGUGUGAACGUAUUCCAACUAUCAGCACACAGCUUAAAAUUCUCUCCACUGUGAAAGCUACAAUGUUGGGGAGGACCAACAUUAGUGAGGAAGAAUCUGAGCAGGCUACAGAAAUGUUGGUUCACAAUGCUCAAAAUCUGAUGCAGUCUGUUAAGGAAACUGUACGGGAAGCAGAGGCUGCUUCCAUCAAGAUCAGAACGGAUGCAGGCUUCACUCUCCGUUGGGUUCGGAAAACUCCGUGGUAUCAGUAAAUUGACAAGUUUGCCUGGUCCUGUCCAUUUUGGAAAGAGUGACGGAAAUAAUAGCUUUUGAUAAGUAAAAUGUUCUACAUCUGGUGCACUGGAAGCGUAAAAUGAAACAGAGUGGCUUUGUGGUUUUAGUGUUGAUGUAAUGUUUCUAAUCGCAGCGUUCAAUGACACAUAAUCUUUGCUAAUUAUUAACACAGUAUUUGUCUUGCAUGUAUGACACUUCUAUUGGAAUUAUGAAAAUGUCAAGAUUUUUUUUACACUUCUGCUUUACAGCUUUCCAAAAAUCACUAAAAAUGCAUAUUUGUUCAAUAUUUGUUACCAAUUUUCCCUGCUGGUCUAUACAUCAUAUUUUGCAUGAUUUAGGAGAUAAGUGAGAGCUUCUCCAUCUCCUGCCAUUCAAAUGUUAAGUACUGGUGGAGUCUUAAUGAUCAAAGUAUGAUCUGACUUAUAAACCAGUAAAAUGUGACAUCAUAAGUGAUUUAUUUUGCUUAAAUGGAUGCUUAAGUUAUUUUGGGGUGAACUUGUAUAAUUUGCCCAGUGGCCAUACGUUUGAUCCAUCUUAUACCUGAAGUUUGGUUCAACGCGAUUAUACAGACACUUUAGUAUAUUUGCUGUGGGUAGGCUUGGAUUGCUGUACAGCUGCAGAGUUAUUACAUUUGUAUAUGUCCUGUUCCUGAUUUUUUGGAUCUCUGAACAUGAACAGUUAUUAAGCCAAAGACCGUGCAUGGUAAGUUCCUUUAUGGAAGGAGUUGUUUUGAGAGAAAUAAACUUUUAAUUACAGAGCAUCAAAGAGAAUGCCAAACGUAUUUCUGGUGAGUUCUAACUAUUGGGACUUAAUGAAAUUGUGAAAAGCACAAUUUAAUGUUUAUAUUUGACAAACAUAAAGAAUUUAUGUUUGUCAGAUAUAAACACAAAAUUGUGCUUGAAUCAUGGUACCUGCACUGCCUAGAAGAAUUAGUGUGACUUAUAAGGUGGGACUUUAUCACAAAGUAUUCGCAACCAGAGUACAUUACUUCAACUGAAAAAUACACCAUCAUGAGUUCAGUUAAAUUCUGGACUAAAUACAUUGUGGUAUAUAGAAGAUUUAUUGACGACUUAAGAUAUUUUGCUGGAAUGGUUUAGUCAAUCAGUGAGAAUAUGUCAGAAUUUUUCCAGAGGUAAUGUUUAAUGAGGGUACGUCUGGGCAUAAAACACUUCACAAAAUGCUGUGAUGUUGGCUAAAUUCUUGCAAAGAUGAGAAGGUGAUACGCCCUUGUAAGCCAAGAUGGUGGUUAAUAUUUUUGAAAUUAUUAAGUCAUUUCUUGAACUUUAAGUACAAGAACUUGCACAGUCUGGAUAUUUUAAUCCAAAGCAUAUUUAUAUACAAUUGGUUCACAAUAUAUCAAUUUUACAUUUAAUCCAUAUGUUUAAAGGGAUCUGAAUGAAGCAGUUUUUGAAAGUCUAUUAUUGUAUACAGUAAAAUAUUCAGUGUUUUACUGCUCAGUUGAAAAAUAGGUAUUAUUUCCAUACUGCAAGUUGUUAAAAUACAGCAAUAUUUAAAAUCCCCAAGUUGUUUCUAACAUACGUAGGUGAUUUUCAGCAUUCACAUCCAAAUGCAGCAGUUUGUUCAAAUCUUACAUUUUCCACAAAGAAUCUUUGCGGACUUUUUUUUGAAAAAAAAUAUAUAUUAAAGUUGAAAAUGCUAUUCAAAUUAUUGGGGUUGAAGAUCACAGAUAAUUUAAAGAAAUAUUAUUGUUGGUGAUAUUUAGACUUACUUUCUUGUAUAUUUGUGCUUGCUUAUCUUUACUAAUCUGUUCAAUUACUUCCAUAAUUGUCUCUUCAUGCAAAGUCGUGGCCUUAAUUUUCCAUACACUUCCUUAAGAAUUAAUUGCAAAAGGGAUGAGAAGUGAAACUUGUUCCUUUGGUUGCAAUUCUUAAAGGGUCAGUGAUUAUUUUCCUGCAAGAUGAGGUCUUGACAGGAUGCCAAAUAGUACACUAAUACUGCAACUGGAUUACAAUAAUAUUUAAUUAUAAUCCUGAAUAUCAAUUCUACAAAAUGCAUGAUAAUUAUUUGUUUCAGUUUGAAAGCUGUAGCCACUUGUUUUUUCCCGAAGCUGCGCACUCUUGGCUGUCUUCAGUAUUUUAAUCAUAUGGAAUAGUUUCUUUAGAUUUAAGAAAAGAGUAAAAUAAAUCUUGGAAUUAUCGCUAGCCCUAAUUUCUCUCCAGCAUAAUAUCAGUUGUCAAUGAUGGAAAUCAUUUCAUCUCAUGUUAGCCAUUCAUAUUCAAGAAUCAAUGAUAUAAUGAAGUGUGCUUUAUCUAAUCUGUAAUCUUAUCUUUUUACAGCAGAUAUUAAUGCAUGAAAUUAUAGCAACUUUGUAAAUAUAAAGAUUUACAUCAAGAGAAAUUAAACCUUAAUUACUUUCCUUAAAUUGUAUUCUCUCUCUCUCUCUCUCUCUCUCUCUCUCUCGGAAUAUUUAUUCCUGUUUAUUCUGUAACUUGGGUUACCCAAGUGUAAUUACACUAAUUACCUUCACAUUCACCAUUAAUCUUUAUGUGCAUUCAUUUAAAAUACAUGUACUGCAUACAUGUCACACAAGAAACUACAUAUCCCUAAAUGCUGGAUUUAGUUUUGGAACUUGGAUUAUGCUCAGGUACCCAACUCAUGGUUUUAGUGCAAGAUCAGGUUGUGUCAUUGGGUUAUGCUCUUCAACCUUUUAAAUUUCUUGAAUACGGUCAUGUAGAUGGAACAUAUUUUUCUUUUACAAAUAGCAACUCAUGCUUGGUGUUACAGCCAGAUAUGACAUUGGUCCACAAAAAUUUUAAUAGUGUAAAAUUAAAUCACCUCUUGCAUCAGAAAUCUAAAACUACUUUGGCUAUGAAUAUAAAACAUAGAAUGCUUAAUCUGAUUUUGUUAAUUCUCUUAAGACAUUUUUACUGUAUUCAAUGCAAAAUGAACAAUGCGGCAAAACAUUGGCUUUACCAGGAUUUGUAACUUGUCUAAAUUUUACUUAUUAGCUACAUUAAGUGCCUGCAGUUUUAAAUAAAGUAUUUUUAAACAUUU